AUUUUUUUAAAUUAUUUUCAUUGUUGCUUUUUAUUUUUCUUUACUUUAGAUGGACCACAAGACUGCAAAAGAUAUUUGCGUUUUAAUUAAUUCAUAUAAAUGCCAAUCGAAGCCUUUGUUAAAUGGUGACAUUUACAAAAAUUUUUCUGAAAAUAAUUUCAAAUUAUCAAAAACUUGUCUGAAAUUAAAAAAACUGAACAUUGGACCUCAAAAUGCAUCUGAUUUUAAAAUAUUCUCCAACAAUAUAAGAUACUUGCAUAAAAAGAUAAAAAUCUUUAAAAAAACCCUACCCAGUCAUGGGCUGCUAUUGUUAAUUUUUUGCAGCAACCAUUUAAAUAUGAAAGAAAAAGAAAUAGUUCUAAUACAAAUAUUCACUUAAACGUUGCAAGUGAUUUAAAUAUUGCUUCAGACACAAUGCAGAGAGUAAAGUGUGGUUCAUGCAAAAUAAAAAAAGAUGAAAUACAUAGUUUACAAGAAAAAAACAGAAAAUUGCAGCAGAGAGUUCGUUUUUUGAAAAAAUCAAUGACCUGUAACAAGCUUACAAACAAAAAAUUUAAAAGACAGUAUUUUUCACUAAAUUUGUGGAAAUUGAAAUAUUCAGAAGAAAAAAAACAAAAAACAGUUCAACAGAAUAAGUUUCAUUCUCUAGAUUUCAUUAAUAAAUUGAGAAUUCUUAAAAUUAGUAGAACGAAGUUGCAACAAAAUGUUAAAAAGUUAGAAAAGAAACACAAAAUUGCGAUCAAAGAAUUACAGGAACAGAUAAAAAUCAAAGAGCAAGAAAAUAAACAACUUGUAGAACAAAAUCAUUAUUUAACUAGUAUUGUUUUAGAAAAAAAAAAAGAUAAUAGGUUACUUAUAGAAACCAAAAAAUUAAAAACAUAUGACCUACCCAUAAGAAAAUGUGUUUAUGCUGCUAUUAUUAACAAUGUGCCUGUGGAAAGUGUCUCAUUUUUGUUAGAAAAAAUUUCUUAACUGUUACACAACACAGAACUGCAAGAAACACCUCACUCAUCCACAGUAAAUCGAAUGGCAUAUGAGCCAGGUGUUUUAGCAUUGGUUCAGACUGGUGAGGCACUUUUUCAUUGUGAAUGUGCAACAGUAGUGUUUGAUGCAAUCACCGUUUUAGACAAACAUGUAAAUGAGUUCCUUAUCAGUACCUAUCCUCCGCAGAGAUGUUAUUCCUUAUCAACCGCUAAACUUGCUGGAGGCACAGGAUUUGACGGUGCCACUCAUAUUGUCAGUGUAAUAAAAGAACUUGCCAAUACAUUUGCAGAGUUUAAAAAUAUGCCAGCAGUAGAAGUUUUAGAUGUUUUCACUCAAAAAAUCAAAAGUUGUCUGUCAGACAGAGCACCUGUUAAUAGUUGUGUGAAAAACAUGCUUCAGGAGAAGAUGGACAUUCAAUUAAUGCAACUGUACUUCAAUGUUCAUCCAUUGGAAACUAUUGCCUUAAAAGCAUUAUUAGCUCUUAAAACAAUAGAUAAUAAGUUGAAUAUAAAACCAGCUAAAGGAACUGAUGGGGUUGCAGUAACAGUCCUCAAAAAUAUUUCUAAGCUAAGGUAUAGUUUUAAAGGCGAUCCUGCAGCAUUCAAAAGCUAUCUUAAAAAAAACAAUGUUGCUCCAGGGCUAUUCCUUAGAUAUGUUGGUAGUAGAUUUCAUGUUUUGUUCCAUAUGGCAGGGAUUGUUGUUACAUACGAAAGAUUUAUAAAAACCUUUCUUAAAAACAACACCAAAAAUAAAAUUUGCCAACUCUUACUUCAAGAUAUGAGUAAUGAUAUAACGCUUGUGCAACUGCAAGGGUUGGGCCUGAUAGGAAAAAUAAUAACUGGGCCAUGGAUGAGUCUGGUUUAUAAAAAUGCAACAGGAAAGAGUAAUCUUGAGUUUGGUGACAUUUUCCAGAAAGCAAUAAGGAAAUUAGCUUACUUCAAAAGUAAUCCAGAAUCAAUUCUUUAUACAGAUGUGGAUAUUUUUAGUCAAGUAUUAAAUAUCAAAAAAGAUAAGGUACACCAAUCCCUUCGUGUAAUAAAAAAAAAAAUAUUUUGGUAA